GAUAUAACUGAAAGAUACAACCUGUAUCCCGCUCCCACACACGACACGCGUUGGGGUCUGGGCAAACAGCCUCCGGAGAUAAGAGCGCGUGACGCAGCCCCUGGAUCAUCAGGUUUCGGCGGCGUGUCGCUCGGUCCAUCAGUUCACGCAAAGAUCUCGUCCAGAAUGUCCACGCUGGAGAACGAGGUGACCUUCCGCAAACAGGCGGAGGUUAAUCAGAGUCUUGAGGCCCAAUUCGACAGCUCGUCCACGGACUUUAUUCUGAUCACCGAUCAUCGCACUUCGAAGAGCAAGAGCUUGGAACAGUUGGAGGCCUCCAAGGAGUCCGAAAAUGCCGAAUCCUGCUGCUCGCGAUACGCUCGGAAUAUCUUCCGGAUGAAGACCCUCAAGAGGCGACUGCCCUUCCUCACCUGGCUGCCGCACUAUAACACCAAAGACUGUAUCGGCGAUUUGAUUGCCGGAUUCACCGUGGGCCUGACCGUAAUUCCCCAGGGAUUGGCCUACUCGGGCGUGGUCGGUCUGCCGCCGGAGUAUGGGCUUUAUGGAGCUUUCAUGGGCUGCUUCGUCUAUGUCCUUUUGGGCACCUGCAAGGACAGCACGAUUGGCAGCACGGCGGUGGCCUCCCUCAUGACUUUUCAGUUCGCCCAAGGCUCCUGGCAGAGAUCCGUGCUCCUGACCUUCCUCACCGGCAUCAUUGAGGUUCUGAUGGCCAUUUUUAAGCUUGGAUGUCUAGUGGAGUUCGUAUCUGGACCAGUUAGUGCUGGAUUUACGAGUGCCGUGGCCCUGAUUGUGUCCACUUCCCAAAUGCGAUCUAUGUUGGGUGUUAAAAGCGAUGGUGGUUCCUUUUUGGCCACCUGGAUUAGCAUGUUCCGGGAUAUCGAAAAUGUGAGGGUUGCCGACACCUGUUUGGGAUUUGGAUGUGUUUUCCUGCUUCUAGCCAUGAGAAGUUUUGGCAAGUUAACUAUUGGUCCGAAAGAUGAGACAAGGAGGAGUGGAUUUCAGCGGGUUGUUAAUCAGGUGAUCAAAUUCGUAUCUACCUCGAGAAAUGCCUCCAUUGUGAUUGUGUUUACGGUGAUCACCAUGUACUUGGAUGCCAAUGGAACAAAUCCUUUUCGACUAACCGGAAAUAUACCCAAAGGUAUGCCUGCGCCCUCACUUCCUCCGUUCUCUAUUGAAGCCCAGCCGGGAAAUGAAACAGCGGGUAUUCCCCCGGUGCCAGGACAAAACUUCCUAGAAAUGGUGCAGAGUUUGGGGUAUGGCCUCCUGAUCGUUCCUUUGAUGGCCCUGCUGGAAACCAUGUCAGUUUGCAAGGCUUUCGCAAAGGGAAAACAGAUUGAUAUCACUCAAGAAAUGAUUGCUUGCGGUGUCGGCAACAUAGCCACCUCUAUUUUCUCCGGAUAUCGAUGCAAUGGUGGACUGGCCCGAUCGGCGGUGAAUAAUGCCAGUGGCUGCCGAACCAAUAUGUCAAAUCUAUACAUCGGAGUUAUUGUGGUACUGGCCCUGAAUUUCCUCACCGACUACUUUGCGUUUAUUCCCAAGGCGGUGCUGGCGGCGAUUAUUAUAUCGGCUGUGAUCUUCCAGGUCCAAUACCAGGUGGUAACCCCCAUGUGGCGCAGCAAACGUUCCGAUUUAGUCCCUGGAAUCCUGGCCUUUGUAACCUGUUUGGUGUUGCCCUUGGAAAUAGGAAUCAUGGUGGCAAUUGGAGUGAACCUACUCUUUAUCCUGUACUAUGCAGCCAGGCCAAAGGUGACCCUCGAACAAUUGGAGACCCAACAGGGCAUCCGAUUCGUAAAGAUCACACCCGAUAGAUGUCUGAUCUUCCCUUCAGUGGAAUUUGUGAGGAAUAUGGUACUCAAGCUGGGCAGCAAAUCCACUUUGCCAGUGGUCAUCGAUUGCACAUAUAUCUAUGCAGCGGAUUACACUGCCGCCAAAGUUAUAUCCUCCAUAGUGGACGACUUUCGUCGGCGUCAGCAGAAGAUUAUAUUCUUCAACUUAAAGCCCAGUGUAGUGAGCGUUUUUGAGGGAUUGAACACAAGGCUAGUGCUCUGUUACAACACCCAUGCCCUCAACCAGGAACUUCGACCCGAUGAACCGGACCUUUCGAGAUCUGUGGACUCCCUUGAUCAUGCCGAGUCCGGCAACGGAGCUGGUGAAUGCGUCAGCAUGGCCAGCACUCUUUCCCUGGCUAGAAGUUAGUCUCACUACGAACUAAAUAAAGUUAGCUAAGUUAUAUAUCA